UCCACUCUGGAAGGCUGGUCCCUGAGCGGGCGGGGCAGGAGGUGGGGCAGGAGGAGGAAUGCCCCCCCAAGAGAGCAGCGGCCAAAAGGACCCACGGGACCAGCUCGGAGGGCGAGGUGGAGGUGGCUGAAGGCAGGCCGUGUCUCAGGGUCAGGAGAGAAGGCAAGAGGUCGGACAGGGUCACCCAAGGACCACAGGGGACCCCAGUCACACACGCCGGGCGGGCGGAGGGGGUGAUGGAGGAGGAGGAGGAGGAAGAGGAGCCCAGAGUGGCCCAAACUCGGAGUCGGAGACUGGAGAGAGAGAACGGGGUCCUGCAGAAUGGAGGUUCGCCUUUGCCAGUGUUGAAGGACCUACAGAGAGUGAAGCAGCUCAAGUCCACAGGAUCCUCCUUCACCCAGGACAUCCCCUGCACUGACCUCUCCGCCAACAUCCAGCGCUGUCGGGAAUGUUGGCCCGGACGCAACAGGAAGGGUGUGGAGUGGCCCUCAGCUCCCGCUCCCUGCAGGUUCCUGCACUUCCGCAGGCUGUCCUUCAAUAGGAGCGGAGGGCUGAGGAUGGACGGAUAUUGCACUGAAGACCAGGUGAACGAAGAGGUCCGUGGGAGGGGGCUCACAAGCUCUGCGGAGCCCGGCCUGGACCCCCAAGCCUCCACCUACAUCUUGGCUCACGUGGGAGAUCAGUUCUGUGACAUGGUGUCAGCCGAGCGGCAGCUGUUUGCGAGAGUCACUGAAGAUUAUGACGGGUCCGUCGCCAUGAAGCUGACGGUGGGGGAGAGGGACGAGAGGUGCGAUUGCUGCCACAAAAUGCUCUUCAACUUUCACUGGCUGUGCUUGCGAUGCGGGUUCCUGGUCUGCGUGCAGUGUUACAUGGCCAAGCUGGGGAGAGGAGCCACAAAUGGAACAGGUGACUUGACCUCUGCUGUCUCCCAUCCAGAAAAGAGCGAAGAGGGUCCUACGUGGUUAAAGUGCGUUAAAGGGCAGGUUCAUGAGGUCAAAAGUCUGAGGCCCACACAACUGGUCUCUAAACGUGCGCUGGUCAGCCUCUCAGAAGCCAUGCACAACAUCAGAAGGCGAUGGAUCAUCAGAGCAAACUGUGCCUGUGUUAGCGGGAGAGAGAAUCCGAGCGUCACCACACCUCUACCUAAUGGCUUACACCAGGAAUCACAGGACACCCCCAGGGAAACGGACAGAGCUCUCUCACCUUCACGUAAAGUCACGCCUGACAACCCUGCCCAAGGCCCCGAGGAACCAGAGAGCAAGUACACAGCCUCUGCACCCCAAUCCCCACUACACUGGUUAGCAGACCUCGCCAUGCAGAAAACCAAAGAGGAAAAGACGGAGGCCAAGCCGGGUUACAUGCCAGACACCAAAGCCCCCCCAAUGUGUGGGGUCUUCAAACCCGCGGAACACCCCUCAACCCUGUGUGACCUGCUCACCACCACGGCCGGAAAGCUGAGGGUGGGCUCCAUCGAUGCUGGCAUCGCCUUUGCCCCCGUCUACUCCAACAGGUGCCACAUGGGAACCCGGAGCGUGCCGAGCAUUCUGGAUGACAUCAUCGCUUCCGUCGUGGAGAAGAAAAUUCCAAUCGGAAAACCGGCAGCUCCCAGGAGGGCAGCCGGAGCGACGUUCCCGAGCCAGGGGAGGCCUCCGCUUCCCAACCCGACUCCUCCCGAGACUCCAGCUGCCAACGUCUCCCACAGCCCCCAUUCCUCCUCCUUCUCCAAAGGGCUUUUCCUGUGGCUGCACGAUGCCGGGAAUAAAGAUAACUGGAAGCUGAUUCAGAGUUCCUGGAGACGAGGCUUGCCCGUGCUGGUGUCUGGCCCCCUGAAAGCCACGAGGAGUGGGCUGUGGAGCCCGGAGUCGCUGAGCAGGUGUCUGGGCGAGGACGGGGGGAUCCAGGUCAACUGCAGAGACCAGCGAGCGAUGCCCAGAGCUCGGGGCAAGGAGUUUUGGGAGGGAUUCAAGAGCGACUCCAAGAGCUCCAAGGCCAAGGCCGGAGGCGGGAAGAUCUUACGAUUAGAUUACUGCUGCUCGGAGAAAGAAUUCAGUCAGAGAUUGCCCGCUCAGUUCGAAGACUUGCAGAAGCAUUUGCCGAUCCCAGAGUACACAGGGAACAGCGGACGGCUCAACCUGGUCUCUCGUCUUCCAGCAGAAAGUGCCAGAGCCCAGCUGGGUUUGAGGGUCUCCUGUGCUUAUGCCCUGACCCCGGAAAACUGCGGAGUGGGAAGCAGGAAUAUCAGCUCGCAAACGUUCGAUACCGUCAAUCUUCUGGCGCACAGCGAGGAGGCUCAGGAGGCUAACGAAACAACACAGAAAGCCAUUCUCAAGAGGCUCGAGGGAGACAAUGUGGACGCGUUUGCAUUGAGACGGCUGACGGACUCCGGUGACAGACUGGGGGCUGUUUGGCACAUCUUCGCUGCACAAGACACAGAAAGGAUAAGGGAGUUUUUACUAAAGAUGUCAGAAGGAGCCGGACACAGUAGGAGCCAGGAUCAGGGCUGGUACCUUGAUGAGCACCUGCGGAGGAGGCUUAAGGAGGAAUGUGGUGUCCAAAGCAUCACCGUCCUUCAGUUCCAGGGAGAUGCUGUCCUCAUUCCAGCCACUGCUCUCCACCAGGUUCAGUGUUUGACGUCCUGUGUCACUGUGGAGAAGGCUUUCCUCUCUCCUGAGCACCUCGCACACUCCUUUGGGGCCGUUCAGAGUCCGAGGACAGACAGCACCUCCCCCCAGCAACCACACACACUGCAGGUGAGAAGUGCUUUGUACCGGGCGGUGAGAGACACAGUGAAGACACUGACCAGUCACAUCCCUCAGGUCAGCUACUGAGACCAGAGAGUAACUCGGGGCAAAGAUUACCCCAACCGUGCCUUUCUCCCCCUUCCGACCCCAUUCCCCCCUCUCUCCC